AUGGUCAACUUCACCAUCGACGAGAUUCGGGCCCUUAUGGACAAGCCCACCAAUGUCCGUAACAUGUCCGUCAUUGCCCACGUCGAUCACGGCAAGUCUACCCUGACCGACUCUCUUCUUGCCAAAGCCGGUAUCAUUUCCACCGCAAAGGCGGGUGAUGCACGAGCAACCGAUACUCGUGCCGACGAGCAGGAGCGUGGUAUCACCAUCAAGUCCACCGCCAUCUCCCUGUAUGGUCAUCUUGACGACCCCGAGGACAUCAAAGACAUUGUUGGCCAGAAGACCGACGGCCAGGACUUCUUGAUCAACUUGAUUGACUCGCCCGGUCACGUUGAUUUCUCAUCCGAAGUCACUGCUGCCCUCCGUGUCACCGACGGUGCCCUCGUUGUCGUCGACACCGUCGAAGGUGUGUGCGUCCAGACCGAGACUGUGCUCCGUCAGGCUCUUGGUGAGCGUAUCAAACCCGUUGUCAUCAUCAACAAGGUCGAUCGCGCUCUUCUCGAGCUUCAGGUCUCCAAGGAGGAUCUGUACCAGUCCUUCUCCCGUACUAUCGAGUCCGUCAACGUCAUCAUUUCCACCUACCUCGACAAGACCCUCGGUGACGUCCAGGUCUAUCCCGACAAGGGUACCAUUGCCUUCGGUUCUGGUCUGCACGGCUGGGCCUUUACCGUCCGUCAGUUCGCCAUCCGAUAUGCCAAGAAGUUUGGUGUCGACAAGAACAAGAUGAUGGAGCGUCUCUGGGGCGACAACUACUUCAACCCUCACACCAAGAAGUGGACCAAGAACGGCACAUACGAAGGCAAGCAACUUGAGCGUGCUUUCAACCAGUUCAUCCUGGACCCCAUCUUCAAGAUCUUCAAUGCCGUCAUGAACUUCAAGAACGAUGAGAUCACCACGCUUCUUGAGAAGCUCAACCUCAAGUUGGACGCUGAUGACCGCCAGAAGGAGGGCAAGCAGCUGCUCAAGGUCGUCAUGCGAACUUUCCUGCCCGCUGCCGACUCCCUGCUGGAAAUGAUGAUUCUCCACCUUCCUUCUCCCGUCACUGCCCAGAAGUACCGUGCUGAGACUUUGUACGAGGGACCUCUUGACGAUCCUGCCGCCAUUGGUAUCCGUGACUGCGACCCCAAGGGCCCUCUCAUGUUGUACGUCUCCAAGAUGGUUCCCACCUCCGAUAAGGGUCGAUUCUACGCCUUCGGCCGUGUCUUCUCCGGUACCGUCCGUUCCGGUCUCAAGGUCCGCAUUCAGGGCCCCAACUAUGUCCCCGGCAAGAAGGAGGACCUGUUCAUCAAGGCCAUUCAGCGUACCGUUCUCAUGAUGGGCGGCAAGGUCGAGGCCAUUGACGACAUGCCUGCUGGUAACAUUGUCGGUCUCGUUGGUAUCGAUCAGUUCUUGCUCAAGUCUGGUACUCUUACCACUUCUGACACUGCCCACAACCUCAAGGUCAUGAAGUUCUCCGUCUCCCCCGUCGUUCAGCGUUCCGUCCAGGUCAAGAACGCCCAGGAUCUCCCCAAGCUGGUCGAAGGUCUCAAGCGUCUGUCCAAGUCCGACCCUUGCGUCCUGACCAUGACCUCCGAGUCUGGUGAGCACAUUGUCGCCGGUGCUGGUGAGCUGCAUCUUGAGAUUUGCUUGAAGGAUCUCGAGGAGGACCACGCCGGUGUUCCUCUCAACAUCUCGGACCCCGUCGUCCAGUACCGUGAGACCGUCCAGGGCAAGUCCAGCAUGACGGCUCUGUCCAAGUCCCCCAACAAGCACAACCGUCUGUACAUGGUUGCUGAGCCCAUUGAUGAGGAGCUUUCUCUGGCCAUUGAGGGCGGCAAGGUCUCUGCCCGUGAUGAUUUCAAGGCUCGUGCCCGUGUCCUGGCCGAUGACUUCGGUUGGGAUGUCACUGAUGCCCGUAAGAUCUGGACUUUCGGUCCUGAUGGUACCGGUGCCAACUUGCUGGUUGACCAGACCAAGGCUGUUCAGUACCUGAACGAAAUCAAGGACUCCGUCGUCUCUGGUUUCCAGUGGGCCAGUCGUGAGGGUCCUGUUGCUGAGGAGCCCAUGCGCUCUAUCCGCUUCAACAUCCUCGAUGUCACCCUGCACGCUGAUGCCAUUCACCGUGGUGGUGGUCAGAUCAUUCCCACUGCCCGUCGUGUCCUGUACGCCUCUGCCUUGCUGGCCGAGCCCGCCCUGCUCGAGCCCGUCUACCUGGUCGAAAUUCAGGUUCCCGAGCAGGCCAUGGGUGGUGUCUAUGGUGUCCUUACCCGCCGUCGUGGUCACGUCUUCAACGAGGAGCAGCGCCCCGGUACUCCCCUCUUCAACAUCAAGGCCUAUCUGCCCGUCUUGGAGUCUUUCGGCUUCAACGGUGACCUGCGUGCCGCCACCUCUGGCCAGGCCUUCCCUCAGUCCGUCUUUGAUCACUGGCAGGUCCUGCCCGGUGGCUCUCCCCUUGACUCCACCUCCAAGGUCGGCCAGAUUGUCACAGAAAUGCGUAAGCGCAAGGGUAUCAAGGUCGAGGUUCCCGGCGUUGAGAACUACUAUGACAAGCUGUAA